AGAAGUUGAAAAUAGUAGUUUCUAUUAAAGAAAAACCAAUGUUAUUAGGGCAUGAUGAGUAUUAUCAGGAACACAAUCAUAAUGUACCUCAAAAUAGAGCUCGGCUGGCAUGGUGACAUUCACGGUGAGCCCUCCUUUUAGCAUAGACCAGCAGCCAGAUUGAGCUAUGACAGUGCCCACAAUCAUACUGCGAUUUUGUGAAUUUUUGAAUUGAGCUACAACAAUCUCAUUUCCUUCACUAAUUUGUACCCAAGCUGGUAAUAUUCCAAAGUGCUGUCAAUAUGAGUUCUUAGAAAUCCAGGAAACAAUCGUUUUAUCAAUAAAUUACCUGAAAAUGUGUAUAAAAGCCCUUCCUCUAAAUAUAGCCAUUGUGAGAAACUAUCAUAUGGUUGACUUCUGUUGUAGGCUACAAUAAACUUGUUUCCCAUGCUUCCUCUUCUCACUUCAAUGUUCGCGCCUUCAAAACCAACCCAUCCUUCUAAGCCAUUUUCAAAGGUAGGAUUAGCCACUAAUCCUCCUCCAUAUUGAGGCUCUAGAGGAUUAACCAAGCACUGAAAAUGGGGGGAAAAAAAAAAUGCAUUUUAUUAGGGGGUUCUUAUUGAAACAAAAAUUGUUCAUGUAAUGUUUUUAUGGCACAUUUGAGAUCAUAAAUGGGGCAAAUGUGUGUGGGGAAAAAAUAGAGUUUGCUAACUGUUUUAUUACAUAUAGAAUAGAAGGAUUAUAUGUUACCUUGAUGCUUGUAGAGUAGUCGUACAAUGAAGCCUCAAUUGCAUGUCCUAUAUGAACCAAAAGAGAGGUUAUGGUAAAAAAUAAAUUAUGAAAUCUAUUGUUGUGGUAAAAAAAAUGAGUGAAAGUUCUUCUAGUACUAGUAAAUUUCCAUCUUUUUGAAGGAAAACAAGGAUAUAGAACAUGGCAAAAAUUGAGUAGUUGGAUAACUAUAUCUUCUUGUUUUGAUUGAAGAAAUGUAUAGAAUGUUAAUGAGAGAAGUGAAUUCAGAUGUUGGAUGGAGUGUGUGAUUAUACAAACCUGCUAAAAGUAGAGAGCAUAGCACCACAAAUAAUUUGGUUUCAGCGUAAACCUUCAUUUUUACAACAAGAGCAUACAUUGAAGGUUGAUUCUCCUUUCCUUUCCCUUCCCUUCCCUUCCUUUCCCUCUGCUUUGCUGGAUCUUCAACUGUCUCUCCUUUCUGUUCUUUUUUAAGUUCAAGUGAGAAUUAGGACCAUGAAACAACAUACUUGUAAACCAAUAAAAUAAUAAUAAUAAUAAAUACUAUGGUUAAUGCUUCUCAAUUUAAAAUUAAAGGUUCACCAUUUUGCUGAGAUUAAGGCGUGUUUAGCUUUGACCCAAAUAAGAUAUUCCUUUUUCUUGGUUAAUGCUAAAUCACGUGCUAUUCUAUACUCAAUCUAAAAGGAAAAAACAAUAAUAAUAAAUACUAUGUCAACAAUGGUGAACCAAAUAAAAGGGUUGAAAAGAAAAUAAUUAAAAAUUGCCUACAGCCUUCAUGUGACUAUGUGAGACUACAGACUGGUUCUUAAGGCCUAAGGUGGCUCACAAGCUGACUUUUUCUCCUCUUCGCAGGAGUCCUCCUUCCCAUUGGAUUUCCCCGGCUUGUUAGAGUGAUCUCAUCUUCUUCUUCUUUUAUUUAUUUAUUUUUUAUUUUUUUAGCACUCCUUCCUUUUCCCCUUUCUCAUCCUCUGUCAAUUCCAUUACUUUCGAUUUCUUUUCUGAUCUUGGGUGGUCUCUAUGAGAUGGAGUCUUCCUUCUCUCAUCUCCGUCACUCCUCUGGUUUGUCGGGCCAGAAGGGUAAAAGGGAGUUGUGGGGCAUAAAGUCAGGAAUUUCGCGCACUGGACGGAUUGUGACCCCAUCCUUGCUGCUCUUCCCUUUUGAUCCAGAGUCGCCGAGGCCGUAUUUGCCUUUGCUGUCUUGGUGUCGGCGGCAUUUACUAGGUAAUCAUCCACGUCUUUUUGGGCACAUCUGGCCACCAAAGUUAUUCAAUCUUGCAAGGGCGAUGUUUAUGCUUCAUCAGAUCUGGAGUUUCAAGGCCUAUGUUCUACUGAUUCAUGGCCAUGAUGCUGUAGCUUGUUUGCCAGCCCUUUAUUCUUCCCCGAUCAGCGUUGUGUUUAAUGCCACUGACUAUGGGUUGUGGUUGGACGUUGCCGGACUGAAUGGCCAGGUUAGUACAUAUCCGAUGUGGAUAUUUGUUGCUACUAAUUAUGCUUGGUAGGGGUACUAUGUUGCAGAUAGAGUUCACGAUGAUAGAGUUUAAGGGGAUGGCAGCACGUCGGCGAUCUAUCAAUCCACUCCGUUCCGGCGAUGUGCGUUGUUAUGUCGUCCUCAUUUGUCACCUUGUGCUGUGUGGUGUCAGUUGUGGGCCCACCUGUCAAAGAUAAUAAUGAUGGUAAUAAUGGUGCGUGGGAAGGAAGCCACUUCAGCAGGUUCUAGUGGGUUUGGCCCAUUCAUUGUGGUUAUUCCUGAUGAUGUUCAGUAAUCUUGUCUUGUUUGCCAUGUAAUCCUCAAGUGAUGUAAUCUUGUCUUGUUUGCCAGGUAAAAAAAAAAAAAAAAAAAAAAAAUGUUGGCUCACAAACAAGUCCAUUUCUUUCAACUGUAUUUCUUUGUGCCCAUGCAACUACUUUAUUUCAAGAAUGUAAUAUCUGUUAUUUUUAAUUAAUAGAUUAAUUCAAAAUAAUAGAUAUUACAAAUUUUUUUUUUUUUUUUGCCUAGCAACAGA